AUGGCCUGGGACAGUGCCACCAGCAUGGCAGUCAGGACCAGAUCUGGCCUAAGUCCUGGCCCUGGUAUCUUCUCCCUGCCUAGGAUCCUUUGCCUCAUCCUGGGGGCCCUUCUCUUUCUGGUCUUCGUCAUCCUGGAGUUUCAGCUGCACAGAUGGAGAGUUGAGCACAGAGCUCAGAGGACUGAUACCUUUAGCGACAGUUAUGAUGAUGCAGAAGAGGUACCAGUGCCCAAGGCUUCUUCUGCUUCUCAGAUGGGUGAGCAGGACAUGCCUGCAGAGGAGAAUGGGGUGAGAGCUUCUCAGGCAGGUUCCUCUCAAUACUUCCCUAGAGGGGCAGCUCAUCCUGGGAAAGAAGAUAGUCCCUGGCUGCUCCAGGGGGAGAAAGGAGACUUUGAUUAUGAUGAUGUGGAACUAAGUGCCUCUGGAACAUCUGCAGUGGCUUUUAAAGCUGUUGCAUUAAAAAUGAGAUGA